AUGCACAUCACUCGCCCGAAUGAUCCCAUUAUGGUCCAUGUGGAUGAUAUAGAAGCUGCGUUUCGACGAGUGCUCUAUCAUCCCGAUAUGGCGUGUGCUUUUGCAUAUGUUUAUUCUGAUUAUCUGAUGGUUCCAGUGGGUCAAGUUUUUGGUUCUCGGAGUGCGCCUUCCUACUACUGUGUACUUGCUGAUGUCCGCCAAGCAUUGGCGGCUUGUCCACAGGAUGAGCCUAUUCUUCAUCCAAUGGUCGCUUCCUGCACCUAUGAGGUAGAUACUUCCUCUCCUCUUGUACAGGUGCCUCCAGAUUCGAACCAUCCUCCACUCACUUUGCAGGAGCAAACUGAAAUGUACAAUGCAAGCUUUGUGGAUGAUAAUGGCGUGGUGGCAUAUUUGGAAACGAUGCCGCAGGCACUCCAACACAGCGUCAGGUCAGCUUUUGGAGUCUUUGGUGACGCAGAUCGUCGAGGUGGCUGUCUUCAGGAUGCUAAGUGGACCUCUCUUGUUUCUGAGACUUUUCUUUUUCUUGGAUUCCGGAUUGACACCUAUGCUAUGACCGUUUCUUGGCCUUUUGCAAAACGGAAAGCACUGAAUGAUGAAAUCCAGGAUAUUCUUUCUCGAAAACGAAAAUAUGUGACUCCCAAAGAGAUGGCUCACAUUAUUGGUGUGAUUCGAUCGGCGGCGGCCAUUGCCCCAUGGGGAACGUUUCUUAGUUUUAAUUUACAAAAUGCGCUGACAACAGCUGCAAGAAAUGCAUAUUCUACGAAUUGUUCUUGGUGGACUCGAUCUUGGAUCUAUCUUUCGGGAGUUGCUAUUGCAACAUUGCAUCAGAUUUGGGAAACACUUACUGUUCCUGAAGGAAGUCCAUUGUGGUCGCGUCCCAUUUCCCUCUAUUUGGACCGUGAUUUUUCACACCGAGUGUUUUCGGAUGCUAGCUAUGCUGGAAUUGGUGGAUGGAGUUCUGAUUUUGGUUUCCUUUGGCGCCUUUGUCGCGAGGACCUUAUACGUGCUGGAUUUGAUAUGCGUGACAUUGAUUUGGCGUCUUCCGAACCUGUUUCGGAUGGCUCCAAUGAAGGUCUCCAUAUCAAUCCUUUGGAAUUCAUUGGUGUUCUGGUGAACCUUUGGAUUGUUUUGAAAUUUGUGAAGAAAUUGAGACCCCGUUCGGGGGGCUACAUUCUGCUUCUGUUGGCGGACAACACCACUGCAUUGGCGUGGAUGUCUCUUGCCGCUCGCACCAAAAAUCCGUUGUUACAAGGACUUGCCCGUUUGGGCGCAGCACUGCUUGUUCAUGCUGCAGCUUUACUAACCAAGGUUGUUAAGCGACACUUGCCAGGCGAUCAGAACGACGUGGCGGACGCCUUAAGUCGCCCCCCCACAAGCGCCAAUCCAGAGCAAAAUGUUCUGGACUCCGUUAUCGCGCAAUGGUCCCAGCUGGACGACUGUCGCAUUUGCCUAGUCCCCUUCGAGCUGCUUUCAACGAUUGCGUCCGUGAUUUCAUCACAAUCGACCGCGGUACGGUACGAUCAAAUAACGACCAAUCUUUUGAAUCUCGAGCUGCGCAUUUUGCCCGCUUCUGCGAGGACAUGGAAUGCUCCGAGCACUAUUUACGAGGAUUAG